AGGACAGACAUUGUCCAAAACUACUGCAGGAGAGAUCACGUCCCAAACCUCUAAAGGACAGACAACAUCCCAAAAUAUCACCGAAGAGACCAAUUCGCAAACUACAACAGGACAGAAGAUGUCCCAAAAUACUGCAGGGGCUACCAAGACCAAAACUACUGCAGGAGAGACCAUGUCCCUAUCUAAUACAGGAGAGUCUAUGUCCCAAUCUACUACAUUAGAGACCACAUCCCAAACUACUGCAGCAGAUAUCACUUCUGAAACUACUACAGGAGAGACAUUGUCCCAAACAGCAAGAGGUGAGACCACAGUCCAAAUUACUGCAGUAGAGACCAUGUCCCUGAGAACAAUGGGAGAGACGAUGUCUCAAUCUACUACAGGAGAGAACACAUCCAGAACUAUUGCUGGAGAGACUAUGGCCCAAUCUACUGGAGCAGAGACAACAUCUGCAGGAGAGAUGACAUCUGAAACUACUACAGAAGAAACCUUAUCCCAAACUGCUGCUGGAGAAUCCAUAUCCCUAACUACUGAUGGAGAGACCACAUCCAAACUUACAACAGGCCAGACAUCAUUCCAAACUACUUCAGGAGAUAUUACAUCCAAAACUAAUGCAGGAAAGAUAAUGUCCCAAACAAUAGCAGGAGUGACCCAAACUACUGCAGAGCAGACCAUGUCCCAAAUUGCAACAAGAGAGUCCAUGUCCCAAUCGAUAACAGAAGAGACCACAUCCCAAACUACUGCAGCAGGGAUCACAUCUGAAACUACUAUAGGAGAGACAAUGUCCCAAACUGCAACGGAUGAAAUCACGGCCCAAACUACUGUAGUAGAUACCUUGUUUCAAACUACUGCAGGGGAGAUGAUGUCUCAAAGUACAACAGGGGAGACUCUGUCCCAAAGUACAACAAGAGAGACUAAACUCAAAACUACUGCAGGAGAGACCAUGUCCCAGAGAACAGUGGGAGAGACAGUGUCUCAAUCUAUUACAGGAGAGACCACAUCCACAACUAUUGCAGGAGAGAGCACGGCCCAAUCUACUGGAGGAGAGGCAACAUCCCAAAUGACUGCUGGAGAGAUGACAUCUAAAACUACUACAGGAGAGAUAAUGUCCCAACCUCCUGCAGGAGAAAUCACAUCCAUACCUACUGAAGGAGAGACCACAUCCCAAUAUACAACAGGACAGACAUCAUCCCAAACUGCUGCAGGAGAGAUCAUAUCCCAAACUACUGAAGGAGCAAUAACAUCCCAAACUAUCACAGAAGAGAGCUUGUCUCAAACCACAACAGGACUAAUGGUAUCCCAAACUACUGCAGGAGAGACAACCACUGAAACUACUGCUGGAGAGACCACAACCCAAACACCUGUAGGAGAGACAAUGUUAAAAACUACCACAGGAGAGAUCAUGUCCCAAACUACUGCAGAAAAGACCACAUCACUAACUAUCGAAAUAGAGACCAUGCCCCAAUCUACAACAGGAAAAAUCAUUUCCCAAAGUAUUGAAGAAGAAACCACAUCCAAAAUUACCAUAGGAGAGACCGCGUCCCAAACUACUGCAGGAGAGACCAUGUUCCAGAAUACAACAGGAGAAAUGAUGUCUAAAUCUAUUACAGGAGAGGCAGCGACUCAAACAAUUGCACCAGUGACUACGGCCCAAACUACUGCAGGAGAGCUGACAUCUGAAAUUACUACAGCAAACACAAUGUUCCAAACUACUUCAGGAGUGACAUCCCAAACAACUGCAGAACAGACCAUGUUCCAAUCUACUACAGAAGAGACAACAUUCCAAACUACUGCAGGAGUGACCAUGCCCCAAACAACUGCAGGAGAGACCAUGACCCAGAGUACAGUGGGGAAGACAAUGACUCAAUCUACUACAGGAGAGAACAUGUCCAGAACUAUUGCAGGAGAGACUACGGCCCAAGCUACUAGAGGAGACACAACACCCCAAACUGCUGCUGGAGAGAUGACAUCCGAAACUACUACAGGAGGGACAAUGUCCCAAACUACUGCAGGAAAGAAAAUGUCCCAAACUACUGCAGGAGAGGAAAUGUCCCAAACUACUGCAGGAGAAACCACAUCACUAACUACUGAUGGAGUGACCACAUACCACAGUACAACAGGAUAUUCAUCAUCCCAAAUUACUGCAGGGGAGACAACAGCCCAAGCUACUGCAGGAAUGACAACAUCUCUAAUUACUGAUGGUGAGACCAUGUCCCAAUCUGUAACUGAAAAAAUAAUUUCCCAAAGAACUGAAGAGGAAUCCACAUCCAAAACUACCAGAGGAGAGGCUACAUCCCAAACUACUGCAGGAGAGAUCAUAUCCCCGAGUACAACAGGAGGGAUGACAUCUGAAAUUACUACAACAGAGAUGAUGACCCAAACCAGUUCAGGAGUGACAACGUCCCAAACUCCCGCUGAACAGACCAUGUCCCAAUCUACUGCAGAAGAGAGCAAAUUCCAAUCUACUACAGGAGAGACAAUUUCCCAAACUGCCAAAGGUGCGACCACCUCUCAAACUAUUGCAGUAGAGAUGAUGUCCCAAAGUACAACAGUGGAAACUCAGUCCCAAAGUACAUCAAGAGAGACUACAGUGCAAACUACUGAAGGAGAGACCAUGUCCCAGAGAACAGCGGGAAAGACAACGUCUCAAACAACUACAGGAGAGACUACAUCCAGAAGUAAUGCAGGAGGGAGCACAACCCAUUCUACUGGAGGAGAGACAACAUCCCAAACUAGUGCUGGAGAGAUGACAUCCGGAACUACUACAAGAGAGACAAUGUCUCAAACUCCUGCAGGAGAAACCACAUCUAUAACUACUGACGGGGAGACCACAUCUCAACCUACAACAGGACAGACAUCGUCCCAAACUACCGCAGGAGAGAUCAUAUCCCAAACUACUGAAGGCACAACGACAUCCCAAACUAUCACAGAAGAGAGCUUGUCUCAAACUACUACAGGACAUAUGAUAUCCCAAAAUACUGCAGGAGAGACUAUGUCCCAGAGUACAACAGGGGAGAUGAUGUCUCAAUCUACUACAGCAGAGACCACAACCCAAACAAUUGCACCAGUGACUACGGCCCAAGCUACUGCAGGAAUGCUGACAUCUGAAAUUACUACAGCAGAGACAAUGUCCCAAACUAGUUCAGUAGUGACAACAUCACAACAUACUGCAGAACAGACCAUGUUCCAAUCUUCUACUGAAGAGACCACAUUCCAAACUACAACAGGAGAGACCAUGUCCCAAAUUACUGCAGUAGAGACAACGGCCGAAACUACUGCAGCAGAGAACACCGCUCAAACAUCUGCAGGAGAGACAACGAUAAAAACUACAACAGGAGAGAUCAUGUCUCAUACUACUGCAGAAGAGACUUCAUCACGAACUAUUGAAGUGGAGACCAUGUCCCAAUCUACAACAGGAAAAAUAAUUUCCCAAAGUACUGAAGAAAAAACAACGUCCAAAAUUAACAUAGGAAAGACCGCAUCCCAAACUAUUGCAGGAGAGACCAUGUCCCAGAUUACAACAGGGGAGAUGAUGUUUCAAUCUACUACAGGAGAGACCACAAUCCAAACAAUUGCACCAGUGACUACGACCAAAGCUGCUGCAGGAGAGAUGACAUCUGAAAUUACAAUAGCAGAGACAAUGUCCCAAACUAGUUCAGUAGUGACAACAUCCCAACCUACUGCAGAACAGACCAUGUUCCAAUCUUCUGCUGAAGAGACCACAUUCCAAACUACAACAGGAGAGACCAUGUCCCAAUCUAUAGCAGUUGAGACCGCAUCCCAAAAUACUGCACCAGAGAUCGCACCUGAAACUACUACAGGAGAGACAAUGUCCCAAACUGCCACAGGUGAGACCACAACACAAACUAUUGCAGAAGAGAUGAUGUCCCAAAGCACAACAGUGGAGACUCGGUUCCAAAAUACAUCAAGCGAGACUACAGUCGAAACUACAGCAGGAGAGACCAUGUCCAGAGCAAAUGCAGGAGAGAGCACGGUCCAAUCAACUGGAAGUGAGGCAACAUCUCAAACUACUGCUGUUGACAUGACAUCCGAAUCUACUACAAGAGAGACAAUUUCCCAAACUCCUGCAGGAGAAACCACAUCUAUAACUACUGAAGGAGAGACCACAUCUCAACCUAGAACAGGACAGACAUUGUCCCAAACUACUGCAGGAGAGAUCAUAUCCCAAACUACUGAAGGCGCGACAACAUCUCAAACUAUCACAGAAGAGAGCUUCUCUCAAAUUACAAAAGGACAUGUGAUAUCCCAAAAUACUGCAGGAGAGACAACAGAGAGUACUCCAGGAAAGAACAUUUCCCAGAGUACUGAAGAAGAAACCACGUCCAAAACUACCAUUGGAGAGACCGUGUUCCGAACUACUGCAGGAGAGACUAUGUCCCAGAGUACAACAGGGAAGAUGAUGUUUCAAUCUACUACAGGAGAGACCACAACCCAAACAAUUGUACCAGUGACUAUGGCCCAAGCUACUGCAGGAGAGCUGACAUCUGAAAUUACUACAGCAGAGACAAUGUCCCAAACUAGUUCAGUAGUGACAACAUCCCAACCUACUGCAGAACAGACCAUGUUCCAAUCUUCUACUGAAGAGACCACAUUCCAAACUACAACAGGAGAGGCCAUGUUGCAAUCUACAGCAGUAGAGACCGCAUCGCAAACUAAUGCACCAGAGAUUGCAUCUGAAUCUACUACAGGAGAGACAAUGUCCCUAACUGCCAUAGGUGAGACCACCUCCCAAACUAUUGCAGUAGAGAUGAUCUCCCAAAGUACAACAGUGGAGACUCAGUCCCAAAGUACAUCAAGCGAGACUACAGUGCAUACUACUGCAGGAGAGACAACAUCCAGUAUUAAUGCAGGAGAGAGCACGGCCCCUUCUACUGGAGGAGAGACAACAUCACAAACUAGUGCUGGAGAGAUGGCUUCUGAAAUUACUAUAGGAGAGACAAUGUCCCAAACUCCAGCAGGAGAAAUCACAUCCAUAACCACAGAAGGAGAGACCACAUCCCAACGUCCAACACGGCAGAUAUCGUUUCAAACUACGGCAGGAGAGAUCAUAUCCCAAACUUCUGAAGGUGCGACAACAUCCCAAACUAUCACAGAAGAGAGCUUGUCUCAAACUACAAUAGGACAGACGAUAUCCCUAAUUACUGCAGGAGAGACAACGGCCGAAACUACUGCAGCAGAGAACACUGCCCAAACUUCUGCAGGAGAGACAACGAUAAAAACUACUACAGGAGAGAUCGUGUCUCCAACUACUGCAGAAGAGACUACAUCACGAACUAUUGAAGUAGAGACCAUGUUCCAAUCUACAACAGGAAAAAUAAUUUCCCAAAGUACUGAAGAAGAAAGCACAUCUAAAAUUACCAUAGGAGAGACUGCGUCCCAAACUACUGCAGGAGAGACCAUGUCCGUAAUUACAACAGGGGAGAUGAUGUUUCAAUCUACUACAGGAGAGACCACAACCCAAACAAUUGCACCCGUGACUACGGCCCAAGCUACUGCAGGAGUGCUGACAUCUGAAAUUACUACAGCAGAGACAAUGUCCCAAUCUACUUCAGUAGUGACAACAUCCCAACCUACUGCAGAACAGAACAUGUUCCAAUCUUCUACUGAAGAGACCACAUUCCAAACUACAACAGGAGAGACCAUGUCCCAAUCUACAUCAGUAGAGACCGCAUCACAAAAUACUGCACCAGACAUCACAUCUGAAACUAGCACAGGAGAGACAACGUCCAGAAUUAAUUCUGGAGAGAGCAUGGCCCAUUCUACUGGGGGAGAGACAACAUCCCAAACUAGUGCUAGAGAGAUGGCUUCUGAAGUUACUAUACGAGAGACAAUGUUCCAAACUCUAGCAGGAGAAAUCACAUCCAUAACCACAGAAGGAGAAACCACAUCUCAACGUACAACAGGGCAGAUAUCGUCCCAAACUAUGGCAAGAGAGAUCAUAUCCCAAACUACUGAAGGAGCGAAAACAUCCCAAACUAUCACAGAAGAGAACUUGUCUCCAGCUUCAACAGCACAAAUGGUAUCCCAAAAUACUGCAGGAGAGAAAACGGCUGCAACUACUGCAGGAGAGACAACGUUAAAAACUACCACAGGAGAUAUCACAUCUCUAACUACUGCAAAAGAGACUACAUCAUUAACUAUAGAAGAAGAGAACAAGUCCCAAUCUACAGCAGAAAAAAUAAUUUCCCAAAGUACUGAAGAUACGACGUCUAAAACUACCAUAGGAGAGAUCGUGCCCCAAACUACUGCAGGAGAGUCCAUGUCCCAGAGUACAAUAGGGGAAAUGAUGUCUCAAUCUACUACAGGGAAGACGGUGACCCAAACAAUUGCACCAGUGACUAUGGCCCAAGCUCCUACAAGAGAGCUGACAUCUGAAAUUAUUACAGCAGAGACAAUGUCCCAAACUAGUUCAGUAGUAACAAUAUCCCAAACUCCUGUAGAACAGACCAUGUUCCAAUCUUCUACUGAAGGGACCACAUUCCAAACUACAACAGGUGGUACCAUGUCUCAAUCAACAGCAGUAGUGACCGCAUCACAAAAUACUGCACCAGAGAUCACAUCUGUAACUACUACAGGAGAGACAAUGUCCCAAACUGCCGCAGCUGAGAUCACAUCCCAAACUAUUGCAGUAGAGAUGAUGUCCCAAAUUACAACAGUGGAGUCCCAGUCACAAAGUACAUCAAGAGAGACUACAGUGCAUACUACUGCAGGAGAGACUACAUUCAGAAUUAAAGCUGGAGAGAUCACGGUCCAUUCUAUUGGAGGAGAGACAACAUCCCAAACUGGUGCUGGAGAUAUGGCAUCUGAAACUACUACAGGAGAGACAAUGUCCCAAACGCCUGAGGGAGAAAUCACAUCCAUGACCACAGAAGGAGAGACCAUAUCCCAACGUACAACAGGACAGACAUCGUCCCAAACUACGGCAGGAGAGAUCAUAUCCCAAACUACUGAAGGAGUGAAAACAUCACAAACUAUCACAGAAGAGAGCUUGCCUCAAACUAAAACAGGACAGACGUUAUCCCAAAAUACUGCAGGAGAGACAACGGCCAAAACUUCUGCCGCGGGGAACGCCGCACAAACUUCUGCAGGAGAGACAACGAUAAAAACUACUACAGGAGAGAUCAUGUCUCCAACUACUGCAGAAGAGACUACAUCACGAACUAUUGAAGUAGAGACCAUGUCCCAAUCUACAACAGGAAAAAUAAUUUCCCAAAGUAAUGCAGAAGAUACCACGUCCAAAACUACCAAAGGAGAGACCGCGUCCCAAACUAAUGCAAGAGAUACCAUAUCCCCAAGUACAAUAGGGGAGAUGAUGUUUCAAUCUACUACAGGAGAGACCACAACCCAAACAAUUGCACCAGUGACUAUGCUCCAAGCUACUGCAGGAGAUCUGACAUCUGAAAUUACUACAGCACAGACAAUGUCUCAAACUAGUUCAGUAGUGACAACAUCCCAACCUACUGCAGAACAUACCAUGUUCCAAUCUUCUACUGAAGAGACCACAUUCCAAACUACAACAGGACAGAUCAUGUCCCAAUCUACUGCAGUAGAGACCGCAUCCCAAAAUACUGCCCCAGAAAUCACAUCUGAAACUAUUACGGGAGAGACAAUGUCCCAAACUGACACAGGUGAGACCAUGACACAAACUAUUGCAGCAGAGAUGAUGUCACAAAGUAGAACAGUGGAGACACAGUUUCAAAGUACAUCAAGAGAGACCACAUUCCAAACUACAAUUGGAGAGACCAUGUCCCAAUCAACAGCAGUAGAGACCGUAUCCCAAAAUAAUGCACCAGAGAUCACUUCUGAAACUACUGCAGGAGAGACCAUGUCCCAAAGUGCCACAGGUGUGACCAUCUCUCAAACUAUUGCAGUAGAGAUGAUGUCCCAAAGUACAACAGUGGAGACUCAGUCCCAAAAGACAUCAAAUGAGACUACACUGCAAAAUACUGCAGGAGAGACCAUGUCCCAGAGAACAGCAGGAGAGACAACGGCUCAAUCUACUACAGGAGAGUCCACGUCCAGAGCAAAUGCAGGAGAGAGCACGGUCCAAUCAACUGGAGGUGAGAGAACAUCUCAAACUACUGCUGGUGUCAAGACAUCCAAAACUACUACAAGAGAGACAAUGUCCCAAACUCCUGCAGGAGAAACCACAUCUAUACCUACUGAAGGAGAGACCACAUCUCAACCUACAACAGGACAGACAUUGUCCCAAACUACUGCAGGAGAGACCAUGUCCCAGAGUACAACAGGAGAGAUGAUGUCUCAAUCUAUCACAGGAGAGACCAUGACCCAAACAAUUGCACCAGUGACAUCAGCCCAAGCAACUACAGAGGAGCUGACAUCUGAAACAAUUUCAGUAGUGACAAUAUCCCAAACUCCUGUAGAACAGACCAUGUUCCAAUCUUCAACUGAAGAGAUCACAUUCAAAACUACAACAGGAGAGACUAUGUCCCAAUCUACAGCAGUAGAGACCACAUCCCAAAAUACUGCACCUGCGAUCACAUCUGAAUCUACUACAGGAGAGACAAUGUCCCUAACUGCCAUAGGUGAGACCACCUCCCAAACUAUUGCAGUAGAGAUGACCUCCCAAAGUACAACGGUGGAGACUCAGUCCCAAAGUAUAUCAAGAGAGACUACAGUGCAUACUACUGCUGGAGAGACAACGUCCAGUAUUAAUGCAGGAGAGAGCACGGCCCAUUCUACUGGAGGAGAGACAACAUCACAAACUAGAGCUGGAGAGAUGGCUUCUGAAAUUACAAUAGGAGAGACAAUGUCCCAAACUCCAGCAGGAGAAAUCACAUCCAUAACCACAGAAGGAGAGACCACAUCCCAACGUACAACACGGCAGAUAUUGUUUCAAACUUCGGCAGGAGAGAUCAUAUCCCAAACUUCUGAAGGUGCGACAACAUCCCAAAUUAUCACAGAAGAGAGCUUGUCUCAAACUACAAUAGGACAGACGAUAUCCCAAAUUACUGCAGGAGAGACAACGGCCGAAACUACUGCAGCAGAGAACACAGCACAAACUUCUGCAGGAGAGACAACGAUAAAAACUACUACAGGAGAGAUCGUGUCUUCAACUACUGCAGAAGAGACUACAUCACGAACUAUUGAAGUAGAGACCAUGUCCCAAUCUACAACAGGAAAAAUAAUUUCCCAAAGUACUGAAGAAGAAAGCACAUCUAAAAUUACCAUAGGAGAGACCGCGUCCCAAACUACUACAGGAGAGACCAUGUCCGUAAUUACAACAGGGGAGAUGAUAUUUCAAUCUACUACAGGAGAGACCACAACCCAAACAAUUGCACCCGUGACUACGGCCCAAGCUACUGCAGGAGUGCUGACAUCUGAAAUUACUACAGCAGAGACAAUGUCCCAAACAAGUUCAGUAGUGACAACAUCCCAACCUACUGCAGAACAGACCAUGUUCCAAUCUUCUACUGAAGAGACCACAUUCCAAACCACAACAGGAGAGGCCAUGUCGCAAUCUACAGCAGUAGUGACCGCAUCCCAAAAUACUGCACCAGAGAUUGCAUCUGAAACUACUACAGGAGAGACAAUGUCCCAAACUGCCACAGGUGUGACCAUCUCUCAAACUAUUGCAGUAGAGAUGAUGUCCCAAAGUACAACAGUGGAGACUCAGUCCCAAAAGACAUCAAGAGAGACUACAGUGCAAACAACUGCAGGAGAGACCAUGUCCCAGAGAACAGCAGGAGAGACAACGGCUCAAUCUACUACAGGAGAGUCCACGUCCAGAGCAAAUGCAGGAGAGAGCACGGUCCAAUCAACUGGAGGUGAGAGAACAUCUCAAACUACUGCUGGUGACAAGACAUCCAAAACUACUACAAGAGAGACAAUGUCCCAAACUCCUGCAGGAGAAACCACAUCUAUACCUACUGAAGGAGAGACCACAUCUCAACCUACAACAGGACAGACAUUGUCCCAAACUACUGCAGGAGAGACCAUGUCCCAGAGUACAACAGGAGAGAUGAUGUCUCAAUCUAUCACAGGAGAGACCAUGACCCAAACAAUUGCACCAGUGACAUCAGCCCAAGCUACUACAGAGGAGCUGACAUCUGAAACUAUUUCAGUAGUGACAAUAUCCCAAACUCCUGUAGAACAGACCAUGUUCCAAUCUUCAACUGAAGAGAUCACAUUCAAAACUACAACAGGAGAGACUAUGUCCCAAUCUACAGCAAUAGAGAUUACAUCCCAAAAUACUGCAUCUGAGAUCACAUCUGGCUCUACUACAGGAGAGACAAUGUCCCUAACUGCCAUAGGUGAGACCACCUCCCAAACUAUUGCAGUAGAGAUGAUCUCCCAAAGUACAACAGUGGAGACUCAGUAUCAAAGUACAUCAAGAGAGACUACAGUGCAUACUACUGCUGGAGAGACAACGUCCAGUAUUAAUGCAGGAGAGAGCACGGCCCAUUCUACUGGAGGAGUGACAACAUCACAAACUAUUGUUGGAGAGAUGGCUUCUGAAAUUACUAUAGGAGAGACAAUGUCCCAAAUUCCAGCAGGAGAAAUCACAUCCAUAACCACAGAAGGAGAGACCACACCCCAACGUACAACAUGGCAGAUAUUGUUUCAAACUACAGCAGGAGAGAUCAUAUCCCAAACUUCUGAAGGUGCGACAACAUCCCAAACUAUCACAGAAGAGAGCUUGUCUCAAACUACAAAAGGACAGACUAUAUCCCAAAUUACUGCAGGAGAGACAACGGCCGAAACUACUGCAGCCGAGAACACCGCACAAACUUCUGCAGGAGCGACAACGAUAAAAACUACUACAGGAGAGAUCGUGUCUCCAACUACUGCAGAAGAGACUACAUCACGAACUAUUGAAGUAGAGACCAUGUCCCAAUCUACAACAGGAAAAAUAAUUUCCCAAAGUACUGAAGAAGAAAGCACAUCUAAAAUUACCAUAGGAGAGACCGCGUCCCAAACUACUGCAGGAGAGACCAUGUCCAUAAUUACAACAGGGGAGAUGAUGUUUCAAUCUACUACAGGAGAGACCACAACCCAAACAAUUGCAUCCGUGACUACGGCCCAAGCUACUGCAGGAGUGCUGACAUCAGAAAUUACUACAGCAGAGACAAUGUCCCAAACUAGUUCAGUAGUGACAACAUCCCAACCUACUGCAGAACAGACCAUGUUCCAAUCUUCUACUGAAGAGACCACAUUCCAAACUACAACAGGAGAGGCCAUGUCGCAAUCUACAGCAGUAGUGACCGCAUCCCAAAAUACUGCACCAGAGAUUGCAUCUGAAACUACUACAGGAGAGACAAUGUCCCAAACUGCUACAGGUGUGACCAUCUCUCAAUCUAUUGCAGUAGAGAUGAUGUCCCAAAGUACAGCAGUGGAGACUCAGUCCCAAAAGACAUCAAAUGAGACUACAGCGCAAACUACUGCAGGAGAGACCAUGUCCCAGAGAACAGCAGGAGAGACAACGGCUCAAUCUACUACAGGAGAGUCCACGUCCAGAGCAAAUGCAGGAGAGAGCACGGUCCAAUCAACUGGAGGUGAGAGAACAUCUCAAACUACUGCUGGUGACAAGACAUACAAAACUACUACAAGAGAGACAAUGUCCCAAACUCCUGCAGUAGAAACCACAUCUAUACCUACUGAAGGAGAGACCACAUCUCAACCUACAACAGGACAGACAUUGUCCCAAUCUACUACAGGAGAGACAAUGUCACUAACUGCCAUAGGUGAGACCACCUCCCAAACUAUUGCAGUAGAGAUGAUCUCCCAAAGUACAACAGUGGAGACUCAGUCCCAAAGUACAUCAAGAGAGACUACAGUGCAUACUACUGCAGGAGAGACAACGUCCAGUAUUAAUGCAGGAGAGAGCACGGCCCAUUCUACUGGAGGAGAGACAACAUCACAAACUAGUGCUGGAGAGAUGGCUUCUGAAAUUACUAUAGGAGAGACAAUAUCUCAAACUCCAGCAGGAGAAAUCACAUCCAUAACCACAGAAGGAGAGACCACAUCCCAACGUACAACACGGCAGACAUCGUUUCAAACUACGGCAGGAGAGAUCAUAUCCCAAACUUCUGAAGCGACAACAUCCCAAACUAUCACAGAAGAGAGCUUGUCUCAAACUACAAUAGGACAGACGAUAUCCCAAAUUACUGCAGGAGAGACAACGGCCGAAACUACUGCAGCAGAGAACACCGCCCAAACUUCUGCAGGGGAGACAACGAUAAAAACUACUACAGGAGAGAUCGUGUCUCCAACUACUGCAGAAGAGACUACAUCACGAACUAUUGAAGUAGAGACCAUGUCCCAACCUACAACAGGAAAAAUAAUUUCCCAAAGUACUGAAGAAGAAAGCACAUCUAAAACUACCAUAGGAGAGACCGCGUCCCAAACUACUACAGGAGAGACCAUGUCCGUAAUUACAACAGGGGAGAUGAUGUUUCAAUCUACUACAGGAGAGACCACAACCCAAACAAUUGCACCCGCGACUACGGCCCAAGCUACUGCAGGAGUGCUGACAUCUGAAAUUACUACAGCAGAGACAAUGUCCCAAACUAGUUCAGUAGUGACAACAUCCCAACCUACUGCAGAACAGACCAUGUUCCAAUCUUCUACUGAAGAGACCACAUUCCAAACUACAACAGGAGAGGCCAUGUCGCAAUCUACAGCAGUAGAGACCGCAUCCCAAAAUACUGCACCAGAGAUUGCAUCUGAAACUACUACAGGAGAGACUAUGUCCCAAACUGCCACAGGUGUGACCAUCUCUCAAACUAUUGCAGUAGAGAUGAUGUCCCAAAGUACAACAGUGGAGACUCAGUCCCAAAAGACAUCAAGAGAGACUACAGUGCAAAUAACUGCAGGAGAGACCAUGUCCCAGAAAACAGCAGGAGAGACUACGGCUCAAUCUACUACAGUAGAGUCCACGUCCAGAGCAAAUGCAGGAGAGAGCACGGUCCAAUCAACUGGAGGUGAUAGAACAUCUCAAACUACUGCUGGUGACAAGACAUACAAAACUAUUACAAGAGAGACAAUGUCCCAAACUCCUGCAGGAGAAACCACAUCUAUAUCUACUGAAGGAGAGACCACAUCUCAACCUACAUCUACUGUCCCAAAAGGAGGAGAGACCACCACAUCUCAAUCUAUCACAGGAGAGUCCAUGACAGACCAUUGUCAGCCCAAGCUACUACAGAGGAGCUGA